AUGUUUUUAGUCUGGUUUAUGAAUAGAUCAUGGAAUUAUAUCAAUUUAAAUGAAAACCUUAAUAAUUUUAACAUCCUUAAUUGCCUUUUGAUUAAGCUAAAUAGUCAGCGGUAUCAAUGACCUAAUAUGCAAUAAAUAUUUAGAAAAAUUUGGAACAGCCAAUAGUCCUGAUGGCCCUAAGGCAACAAAAUUGGCUUUAACAGGAGAUAUAGCCUUUGUCUCAGGAUCAACAGAUGUUAAAAUAAACCUAAAAUAUUCUAAUCUGGAUCUCAUUAAUGAUGACACAAAUUCCAGUAUUACUUAGGUGGAUGGAAAAACAACAACGACCCCAUGCCUCGACCUUAAACUAUGGAAGUUUACUUCAAAUUCUUAUUCUGAUCCAGUUGAAGUUACUGAUUUGCCAAUAACACCAGAUUUCCAAAAAUAAUGGCGAUACUAUUCAUUCAACAUUCCAAAGGCAGAUUUAGCAAAAAGAUUAUUAAAGACAUAAAAUACUAAUCAAUUCAUUUACAAAGGCUUUUAUGCUAUUGCUUAUUACGCUGCAGGUACUGAUUAAGUUUACUAUACUUUCUAUUUUGAAUUCUCUGUGACUGUUGAUAGAGCAACUGGUGCUGCAGUAGACACUUCAUUUAAACCAUUAAGUUAGAAAGCCACAGUAGUUUGUGCUCCAGUUUUAAAAUGGUGUACUGAUUUAACAUGUACUUCAUUUGCAACACCUGAUCUACAUUUAAAUGAUCAAUUCGUCUUAUAAUAAGUAGUUACCACUGCAGGUAUGAACUACUAUUUGACUGGAACUGAGGUUUGGUAUACUGGUAAUGGAUUGAAUAAGAAAGCAACAAUAACUUCUGUGAAUAAUAAUACAAAAGGAUAAGCUAUAAUUUAAUUAAGGGCUGAAAUUGCUUGGAGUUCAGUCACUAUUAGAGUUACCUCUACUUUAUCUGAUACCUAAGCUGGAGGAAGAAGACUUUUGGUUUAAACCACUUAUGAUCCAGUAACAGGUGAAACUGACGAAAUCACUUGUAUUAAGGCUGAAGGAAAAGAAAUAUGUCCUAAAUGUGAAGAGGAGUGUUCAGCUUAAGGUUUUGCUGAAGAUGGUUGUCCAGUAUGUUCUGAUGCUACUUCGAAUGGUUAUAUAUUAGCAGGAUUCAUUACUCUAUUAAUGUUUUGA